UAAGAUCAGGUUGUUCCAACCAGUACCGGUCCAAGAUGUCGAUCAACCGUAAAGUUCAAGUAUUGUUCGUCCUGUUUAGCUUCCUGGCGGCGGUGGUCCGUCCACAGGAGGACUACUGCAACCCGGACUUGUGCGAAUCCGGAGUGUCCAACAUUGGCUGUGGAGCCACGAACGAGCUGUCGUCGGAUUGCGUGGAUGCGAAAAAGUACACCUUCGAUGACAAGCUGAAGAAGAUUCUGCUGGAAGAGCACAACAAAUACCGGAACCAGGUGGCGAAGGGCGAACUGGACUGGCUGCCGAAGGCCGCCAACAUGGUCACGAUGGACUGGGACGACGACCUGGCCUACCUGGCCGAGCUGAACGCCAACAAGUGCCUGUUCGAGCACGACAAGUGCCACAACACCAAGAAGUACCCGGAUUCCGGCCAGAACAUCGCCUCGUGGGGCACCAGCGGGGACGACAUCGACGUGGAGUCGACGCUGAAGACGCUCGUCCAGGAGUGGUGGGACGAGCGUCACUUUGCCACACCGAAGCUGAUGAAGAAGCUGUUCGACAAGGAGAAGGCACUGCACUUUACGAUGCUGGUCCGGUCGAACGCGAGCCGGGUCGGAUGUGGCAUGGUCAAGUACCGGUCCGGGGAGUGGCUGUGGGUUCAGCUGGUCUGCAACUACUCGUACACGAACAUGAUUGGGACGCCGGUUUAUACGGCGGGAGAGCCGUGCUCGCAGUGCAAGACCGGAUGUGACGCCACGUACGACGGGCUGUGCAACAAGGACGAACCGGUGGAUGUGGGAGCUUGAAGGAGAAGUUGAGAAUGGGCAGCAGUGUUAACAGCUGGAAAUAAAUUUGGUGUUGGGAA